CUGUGUGUGAGCGAGGAGAACAGGUCCUGGUGAAACUCCCGUGUCAAUAUGUGUUCAGCUGGGGCUCUUUUCAAUUUGAGAGUUUGAAACAGCACAAAGUCCUCACAGACACGAAAGGCCAGUGCUGGGUGGGGUAGCAUAGGUGUGUUUAGCUGGGGCUCUUCUAAAGCUAGUGAGUUUAAAGCAGUAUAAGGUCCUCACAGAGGGCACAGAACAGACACUGGUGAACAGCCCAUAGCCAGAGCUGAGUGAAAGCUGUGUGUGUUGAGCAUGAAAAUGAAGACUCCUGGAGUUGUGCUGCUGUUGCUGUGGUCUGGUCUGGUUGUGGUUGCAGCAGAGAGUGGAGGCCUCCAGGAUGAAGCUACAGCCCCAACCCAGCUAACCUGCCAGCCUGACAUCCACACUGUGCUGAGAGAGAUGAGCGCUCUGAUGGCGGAGCAGAGAGUGGAGCUCAGAUACACCAAGACACAAAUGGACGCCAUGGAGACCAGACUGACUGAGAGGCUGGCUGCAAGUGAGAAAAAAGCAGAGGCCAUGGAGACCAGUCUGAGAGCCAGUGAGAGGACAGUGGAGGAGCAGAGAGCUGUUAUUAGGGAGCUGAAGGAGAAACAGGAGGAGCAAGCAGCAGCUGUGAGAGCUAUAGGAGGCAGUGUGAAACUCACAGGGAGUCAGGUGGAGGAGUUGAGGAGGGAGAGAGAGGAGAGGAAGGUGUCUUUCUCUGCCUCACUGGUAGCAUCUGGAGAUGUAAUUACAGGACCCUUUAACUCAGCAACUCCCCUGGUCUACAAACACAUCUUCACCAACAUUGGGAAUGCCUACAACCCAAAUACAGGGGUCUUCACAGCUCCAGUCAGAGGGGUCUACUACUUUAAUGUCUUUGUGUUUGGGAAUGGCCAUGAAUCAAGACCUUCCGGAGUCUCUCUCCAUAAAAACGGAGAACAUAUUGUCAUUGCCUACAGUGUCCAGAACACCGUUCACAUGGCAGCCUCCAAUGGGGCUUCUCUGCUGUUGGAGGUGGGGGAUGUGGUCUACCUGAAGCUGUGGCCCAAUGCCUGGGUGAGAGACAAUUAUAACCACCACACCACCUUCUCUGGACACCUGCUCUUUGCUAUGUGAAGAAGCAUCAGAACCUUCAAAGACAAGGGCAAGAACCAUUUUAGAUAAGAUUAAGCCUCAUUCUCAAUGUGCAAACCCAAUGACGUGUAUCUAACUAGAAGAUCAAGAAGAGUAGUAUCAUGCACAGACACAGUGCAGAUUAAGUUUAUAUUAAUUCUAUAUCAUCAUGUGUGUUGUGAGCUCUGAGUGAUCACACAGGCUUCAGUGAUCACAGGUGAUACUCCACCCCUUCUGGAGAUGCCAGUGGUUACUGGUGACUUUCUCCCUGUCUGGAGCUGCCUGUGGUCUGUCACUGGUGACUUUCUCCCUGUCUGGAGCAGCCAGUGGUUACUGGUGACUCUCUGCCUGUUUGGAGCUGCCAGUGGUCACUGGUGACUCUCCACUGUGACUGGAGCAGCCAGUGGUCACUGGUGACUCUCUCCCUGUUUGGAGCAAUCAGUGGUCACUGGAGACUCUCCACUGUGUUUCGAGCUGCCAGUGGUCACUGGUGACUCUCCCUGUGACUGGAGCAGCCAGUGGUCACUGGUGACUCUCCAUGAGACUGGAACAGGGCAGGCGUCUAGGCUUGGUGACUAAUGGGAGGUUACUAGAUUAAUAAUUUUACUGUUUUUGUUUGGUUCUUAAAAUCAAGUUGUCAUAUGUGAAACCCACUUAGCACUUGCCCUGUGAUCAUAUCAUGUGAGAUGUUUGCUUGAUGUUGGUGUCCUUGACUUUUUGGGUGACUAUGCUGUGGAUUCUUUACAGGGAUUGUAAUGGUAUGUCAGGUUUUUUUUAAAUUCAUUACACAAUUAAAUAUCGAUCGCAAAGCUAUGUGUGUCGUUGUAAAUCACACUCUGCUAAAAUAAAGAUGCCAGGUUUUUUCUGGA